AGGUCUUCCCGGUGAAAGCGCCCGGCUCGGUCAGCAUUUUGAGCUCCUGUGCGUGCGCACGAGCCCUUCUUGCUACUUAUUGUGACUAUAGCCCUUGUUGUUCGCUCUCGCCUCCACCGCUACCACUCUCACCGAAUUCGCAUCUACGCCAACGCGAUGGCCGAGCCAGCAAGCGAUACGCUGUGCGCCAUUUGUCCAGCUCUCGGUUCGGAAGUAUGUAGCAGCUGUCACGGAAUCCGAUACUGCUCUAAGGCGUGCCAGAAGGUCGACUGGCCUGUCCACAAGCUUCUGUGCAAGAAGUUCAGCAAGGACUUCUCAAACGACAAGCGACCACAACAGCCAGAAUUUCAGUUCAAGCGAGCGAUCUAUUUCCCCGAAGAAGGCAAUGGUCCACAGUAUAUUUGGCUACCAUCGUCCGGUCCCAGUGAUGAAGGGCGUGCUGUCGCACACACACAUAUUCUGGGCCUGAAGAACACGGAUCUCUAUCCAAUCGAUUAUUUCAAGGAAAACGCCGUGUUACAUCGCCAAAUUGACGGCGAUAUAGUGCUUUUGGCCAGGAUCCACGAUCUAAAUACCAAUGAAGCCAUGCUGUUCGGGAAUCCAAACAAGAGCCUCGCUAAGAUCGAUAAGGAACUCACAAACUACUGGAAGGGACCAUUGCUGGCCUAUGGCGCGAGAACCGACGUAGGAUGGCCCGACCAGUGCUAUGACCUCGGGCCCGUUGACUUGCGACACGUCGUUGACUAUCUGAGUGUGGCCCAUUCCAAACGCAGUAUCGAACAGAAUAUGUACACCAUCGGCGACGGAGAGAAAACGAGGGGAGUUCGUUUCAACUGUGUCAGUGACCAACAAAUCUGUCAGCGAACCCAGUUCGAGCCGAUGGAUAUUCUCAAGUCAGUGUGCGAUGGGGAGAGCGAACUCAAGGCCACGGUGGCAGAGAAGGCCGGCUUCCCGCUCGUCUUUCGAAAGCUUACAUUUGCCCUCUGCUGGCGCAGCCGAUCCCACCAAGAUUUCUCGUAUGCAGAGAACCCUUCCGCUGCUUUCUUCGAUCCUGGAACUUUACUCGACACAACAUGGUUGGAUACAGCUCUUCGUUUCGGCAAUCCGACAUCUGCCAUCGACCAGCAGAUGAAAUUUGCCAAGCAGAUGGGGUCUCUCAUCGUCGUCCGCAAAGAUGGCGAGCCACUCACACCGAUGUUGAUGAAAGCGCUUACGGAGUACGCACAACAGAAGACCAACGAGGCAUUUGAGUCAGAGAACGAGCCCCAUACUUUGGCAAGCCAGGUCCUCGACAGCAUCUCGCCAGAGCGUUUCAGGAAGUGGUACUCCGACUUCUUGUUCGGUCUCUGCGAAGAUCCUUCUGUGGGCAUCCAUGAGAUCGCUGCGCUCUACGAUAUCUAGGGCAUUUGAACAAUGACCUAGCACUUGAUGACUUUGGACAUAGAGAGCAAGCUCACUAGGGCCCUGCAUUCGCAGGUUGGCGCAAAGUGGUUUCUAUGUAACAACGUUAGGGAUGGGUGAUGGUGGUGAUGGGAGUAGUUAGACAAGUCUAAAGGCAUACAAUCUUUCAUAGCACGAUAGUGCAAGAUGAAUGAGAAACUUGCAGCGAUCGUCUAGUGCC